CGCAGAGGGAAACACCUGUUUUUAUUAGUAAGGAUGUCUCUUUAAGAGGAAGGAAAUCAGAAUAGGGAAGUGAAGCACGAAGGAACUGCUUCCUACAGUCACCCCUCUGCACAGCAGCGAUAUUAUUCGUGCGCAAUGGGAAAGUCCGCGUCCACAAACGCGCCUCUUCUUCUCUAAACGCUCCUCCAGUAACGCUUGCGCCGCCAUGCUUCAGCUGAAGGACUCCAUGGAGGCGGAGAGCCCGGGCGCCGCCGUCCUCCUCCCCGCGGAGACCGAGGAGGGGGUCGAGGUUGCCUUCACGCCGCCCGAGGCCAGCCGAAGCUUCGGACACGCAGCCGCCGUGGCCUGUUGCCCCCCGUUACAAACGCUGACGCCCUUCCAGGUGCACAACCCCACCAUGCAGGCCAAAGUUAAAGACUACUUCGUGUUCAGGCCAGGUACCAUCGAACAGGCGGUGAGCGACAUCCGGACCGUGGCGCUCCCAUCGGAGGACGGGGAGGUGCUCAGCGUCUGGCUGCUGGCGGAAGUUGACCACUGGAACAACGAGAAAGAGAGACUCGUGCUAAUUACAGAGAGGUCUCUUUUAGUGUGCAAAUAUGACUUUAUUAAUCUGACAUGUCAGCAAGUGAUCAGGAUCUCUCUCAACGCCGUGGACACCAUCUCUGUGGGCGAGUUUGAGUUCCCACCUAAAUCUCUCAACAAAAGAGAGGGGUACGGGAUCCGGGUCCAGUGGGACAAACGUCCCCGGGCUUCUUUCCUGAACCGCUGGAACCCCUGGUCCACAGACAUGCCCUACGCCACCUUUACAGAGCAUCCUAUGGCUCGAGCAGAUGAGAAGGUGGCCUCUCUCUGCCAGUUGGACAACUUUAAAACUCAGUUGGUGCAGGCGGUGAAGAAGGCCCAUAAGGAGCACCCCAUUCCAGGACGGGCCAAUGGUGUCUUGAUCCUGGAGAGACCUCUUCUUAUUGAGACGUAUCUGGGCCUUAUGUCUUUUGUCAACAAUGAAGCCAAGCUGGGCUACUCUAUGACACGUGGGAAGAUAGGCUUCUAAAUGCCAAGUUUGUGGUCGUUUCUGUUUGUUUUUCUGUUACUCUGCAUCGUUUACUGGGAGCUGCAGUGUAAUGUGUAACUUAUGUGUAAUCUGAACAUGGGACACGUCUGUACCACAGACAAGCGGCAAGCCCGUGGUGACUCAACAACACACAGCACUGUGUGCACCCAAACUUACUAUAAAAAAAAAAACCUGCAAAGAUCUGGUAGAAAGGCCAUAUGCAACAAAAGCUGGAAGCAAACGCUACUUUUGAGGCUUAUUGAAAGGAUUCUAAAAUAAGAAUCAAGUUGUUAGUUGUAGCAUAUGUGCCUUUUUUGCCCCAUCAAGAAAUAAAACAAAGCAAAAGCCGAGGAUUAAAAUAAUUAAUAUUACAUUUGUUUUUAUGAAAUUAUAGUUUUAAUUUAAAAAACAAUACAUUGUAUCAGAGAGCACAAAAGGGUUCCAGAGUUUGAAUGAAAUGCAUCUUUCAAUACGCUACAUAACAUGCUGUUUAUGUUUUGUUGCCUACACCUUGUUGGAUAAGCUUUAAUGACAUAACUGUAAUUCUUUGUAUGACAGAUGAUUAUGCAAUGCUGCCUUUUAUUUUGCUUUAUUUACCUGUCCAAAUCUUAAUGGGGGGAGUAUCAGGUUACAAAUUUUAAAAUUACAUGAAUACAACUUCAUGUCAGAUUAUGAAUUCUUAUAUAUUGCAAUAUAUAUUUUGUGUUUUAUUCUUUAAACUCCAACCAACUGCAACUUCCUGUUCCACCAAAGCUAAGGGAUGAUAUUGAAAAAGAUCAUUGAUGGCAGAAAAUGGUGUUCCUCUUCUGUUGAAGUGUCUUGUGCAUGCUUCUUGCAUGUGUCUGUCUGCAUGACGGGUGUUUUAUAAGGAUGUUUGUUAAUGGUAGUUGUGAGAGUUUUCUGCAUAUUUUUUAUUGAAAUAAACCAUAAAUGCAAAUGAA